CGCAUUGCAUUGAACUUAUACAGACAUCCAUAUCGUCCACAGACGAACAGAGUCCGCCACUCAACCCUCACCAAUUCUCGUCUUUUCGGCAGGCGCCUUCCCCCAGACACCCACAACCCACUCAGCCGUGAAUGCAUCCACAGAACAUCCAUCCAUCCAUCCAUCUAUCCGUCCAUGCCUCCUCCCCCCUCCCCCUCCCUCCCCCCCCUGCCCCUGCCCCUACCGAGCGGGGCACCCUAGGCCCUCUCUUCCCCACUAUGGCUCACCUGUGUUGUGUGCUCUCCUCUAGUGCGGGAUGAGGUGGGCGAGGCCGUUUUUGGUCAACAGUGGGCGGGCCAAGGACAUCGCGAUGGGAUAUCGGUCAGCCAGCCGCUCCUGGCCCUCGAUCUUCGCCUCGGUCGUGUACAGGUUGAUGUUGCAAUCGAUCAGGUACAGAUGGGCAGCAAUGGCGUCACCUUCCUUCAUGCCCUUGAGGAUGAUGAGUCGCAGCCGCUCAUCCUCCCCCUCCUCCUCGCAGAUGAAGUCGAUGGUUGUGUGCCCGUUGAUGGGCUCGGUCAGCAGUCGCUGAUAGCGCUCAUCGCCAUCGGCCACUGUCGCGUGGAUUGCCCGCUUCUCGUCCACCCCCUCUUGGCUAUACCAGUCCACCAACACCAUCCUCUUCAUGAAGGCCGUGAAUGAGGGGAAGAGGGAGUCACCAACGUCCCCGUACCGGAUGGGUGGGUUGUGGGGGUCGUAUGUGCGGCGGUAGGGGUGCCCGGCAGGGAGGUCAGACAGCGACACCGUCUCGAAGUCCCACGCAUAAUCCCCGCUUCCGAUGAGAUACCGCCGCCCGCCGUCACCUUCGUCGCCAUCGGCAUCAUCCACCUUUGUGAGUGCGAGGCUGGUCCCCUGGUAGUUGAGGAGGUGGCCGAAUGUGCUGUACUGGCGGAGGGCGAGGGGCAUGGUGUGGAAGUCGCCCUUGGUGGGCAGGUGGGCCGCCAUCCACUCGGCCGACAUGACCAGCGGUAGGCCAGUUGACGGCGUCAGGUUGUAGAUGUCAGCCAGCCGGAUGAAGUCGGGCCACUCACACCACACCGCCCCGCCAUGCUCGAGUGCAUAGCAGCAUCGGCACAGAUAACCGAAGUGCGACUGAUGACCACCAUCGCCACAACCAGCAUCUCCACCUAAGGUCGGUGCGUCACUGCUGCUGCUGGUGGGAGGGGCAGGGGUGGGUGCCGCAGCAUCGGUGGUGUCUGCUGCUGUCCGGUCUACGUCGAUGAGGCCCGUCAGCGAGUGGCGGCUGAGGUGCUUGGCGAUGCGGCGCAGCACGAAGGCCUCAUCGACGAGUUGGCUGCCAUGUGCCCUGCUGAUUGGGCGGGCCGAGCCGACGGCCUCAUCGAUGCGCAGGCACGGGUAGAUGACGUCACGGCAGACAUCCGGCGGCAGGCCGUCAGCCGAGUCGUCGGGGGGUUGUUUGGGCGUGGCCAAGCCGAUGGGCGAAUGGUGCCCUUGACGCCAUCCCCGACGUCGCGCAGCGCAUCGGAUGCCGACGAGAGAGCGGCGAAGACGUGCACCCACUUGUUGGCGAGAAAGGGCGUCUGCACCAAACACACACACACAGACAACCAGGGAGAGAGUGAUGGCUGCAGUUCUCUCGUGUGUGUGUGUGUAUGCGUGUGUGUGUGGUUGACCUGUGCCGCGACUGUGGUGUUGAAGAGCUGCUGCACACCGGCAGCCUCUCGUGUGACCUGCAGGCAUCGCACACACACACACACAUGAAAGAGCGCACCAGCAGUGAUGCCAUUGGGCCUCUCAUGCGCCACUUGCCUGAUCCAUGUGUGUGUGCAGCGAUGCGAUGCGCUCCUCCAGACGCACCAAACCCUCACUGGUGGACUGCAGCACACACACAGACAGACAGAUCAGUGAAGGACAUGCUGCGUUGCUUGUCGGUUGCCCACCGGUGUGCCACCAGCACCAGCAGGGGCGCCGCCCUGUGUGCGGGGACAAUUCGGCUCUCCUUCGCCGCUCAUGCUUGACAAUCAGAGCUACUCUCACUCAGAGAGCCAAUGA